UACGUACAUGGAGGAAUUGAUCCACAAAGGUAUUUUAGCUACUGUUUGCAGAAUACCAACACUUAAAAAGCUAGAUCUAGAUUUCAACCACGUCCCCAAUUUAAGCUCACAACUUGUAGAUUGCCGCCACCUCAGUGAGCUUGAUCUAUCUCAUACUUUCAUGAGGGAACUGCCUAAGGACAAGAUACGAUUUAUGAAGCAACUGAGGUUUUUAAUUCUAGAGUGGAACCGCCUUACCAAAGUGCCUGAUGAUAUUCAGAGUCUCUCCUCCCUCAAAAUCCUCAAUCUUGGAAAGAAUUUCAUUUCUGAUUUGAGCUGUAACGAUUUCAUAAACACAACAGGCCUCAGAGAGCUUUAUCUGGAUUCCAACCGCAUUGUCAAAUUGAACGGAUGUGUCUUUGAAAAUCUUAAUGAACUGAAUAUUUUAGAUUUAAGUGACAACCUGCUGUGGACAUUGGGAGGUGUCUUCAAAGAAGGUCUGCCGAGGCUUGAGUUCCUGGAUUUGAGCAGCAACAAUUUGAUUACUCUUGAAAAUGAGGAUUUUCAAGCUUUAGGAUCCUUAACAUUUUUAAAUGUAGUGUCAACUCAUAUUGGUAGGGUGAAACGUAGGACUUUUCUCGGACUGAACAACUUAAGAAACCUGACUUUAUCUAUUCCCCUUGACUAUGAAACUCAUUUCAGAGGAACAGUGCAGUUGGAACGUCUUACAAUCAACCUCUUUAUCGACGGCAGUUUCAAAAGUCCUCUUCCAAGCCAUCAUGACGCUUUCUACCAGUUAAAAUGUUUAAAAGUUCUUACUAUAAAAUGCAAAGGUUAUCACUUUGGCUUCCCCCUUGACAUACCGUUGGAAAUGCUCCAGUCUAUGAAACAUUUAGAGGAAUUUACAGCUGAGAACGUCUACAUCCAGGCCCUAGACCCAGAAACAUUCCAAUUCAAUCCCCAGCUCAAGAGUCUUACCAUCGGAAUGACUGACUUGUCAGAUUUGCUUCCUGAACUGUUUGAGCCAAUACCAAACCUUCAGGUUCUCGAUCUCUCUGAGAGUCAGAUCAAGUCUUUGGAUUUUUUGACCCAUGUAAACCUGCCUGCACUUAGAUGUUUGAAACUGAGGGACAAUGACAUUACAGUGAUCAACGAGACGAUCUUCCAGUACCUCCCUGCACUAACACACCUGUACCUGGAAAACAAUCCUUUCACCUGUGACUGCUCUAACGCCGGCUUUAUUCAAUGGGUGAGGAGCAACACCCAAACACAGGUUGUUAAUAGCCAUCAGUAUACGUGUUCCUUUCCUGUGGCUGAACAGGGAAGCAAGUUGCUGGACUUUGACAUCCAGUCCUGUUGGAUGGACGUGAGCUUCCUCUGCUUCAUUUCCAGCAGUUGCAUAACUUUGGUGACACUCCUCACAUCGUUCAUCUACCACUUUCUGAGGUGGCAGAUAGCUUACACCUUCCACCUCUUCCUCGCAUUCUUGUAUGAAAGCAGAAGGAGGAAGAAGGGAGCUCCUCUUCAAUACGACGCCUUCAUUUCCUACAACAUUCACGACGAGGCCUGGAUUUGCAGAGAGAUGCUGCCGGUGCUGGAAGGAGAGCAGGGCUGGAAACUGUGUCUGCACCACAGAGACUUCCAACCAGGGAAGCCGAUCAUAGAGAACAUUACAGACGCCAUCUAUGGCAGCAGGAAGACCAUCUGUGUGAUCACCAGGCGCUACCUGCAGAGCGAGUGGUGCUCCAGAGAGAUCCAGAUGGCCAGCUUCCGUCUGUUGGACGAGCAGAAGGACGUGCUGAUUCUAAUUUUCCUUGAGGACAUCCCGGCCCACCAGCUGUCUCCAUACUACCGAAUGAGAAAGCUGCUGAAGAAACGCAGCUACCUGAGCUGGCCGCAGGCCGGACAACACACCGGAGUCUUCUGGCAGAACGUGAGGAGAGCUCUGGAGGCGGGGAGCGCUGCCACUGAGACCACCCACCUGCUCACUGGACCAGCAGCACGCUGACCAUCUGGACCCGGGAGGUCACUGACAGGUCACCCUAAUAUGCAACUUUAGCACACACUGCAUCGCAUCAACUUGUAUCACAAUGUCAGGUUGUUAUUGUAGCUGUCACAUGGCAGAGGAUUUUAUCUGGUUCAUUAGCAGUGCAUGGGUUUUUAGUGUGUUUUUAUACUUUACCUUUUGGUUUGAUUUUAUGGCACGCUUUUAUUUUAAAGUCUUCACAUGUAUUAACUUUUAUGGCCUGCUUUUAUUUUUGAAAUAUAUAAUGCUAUGUGAUUUUAUUGUAUUUACUUUAAGCCUUGUUGAUCAGCUAAAAAUGCCAAUAUUCAAGGACACCUGGGAGCCAAGAUUAGCUAGCAUUAGCAUGGGAGGGAAUGGCUGUUAAACAGAACACACGGCACCAGCCGACACAGGGAGGGAAAAGAAGAAGGACAAGGAGGAAGGAGGAGGAUAAAGAGGAGGACAGGCGAACAAGGGCAGAGUCAGGAGAGGAUGAAGGCAAAAUAGACCCACACGUUGAACCAAUAUUAGCCAGAUUACCGUAUGUAUAUGUAUACUGAAUAUAAUAAAAGGUAUGAUUCCUCUUGAUUACAUUUAACCGUGUGCCUCUCACAUGUUUCAAUACAUUCUGCUAACAGAGCUUUGAAUUGAGGUGCGCAUAACCUGUGUGUUUGAACAGAUGUGUAGUGAUUA